AUGAAUUAAUCAACAGGUUAAAACUAGUAAUCUUAGCCUUUAAUCAAUUAUGGGAAUGUGAAGUAUUCAUUCAAAUGUUUGCGUCGACAUCUUUUAAAGGAUAAAGUUUAUCAUGUUCUUGCACUUCAAAAUAUGAUUACUAUUGGAGAGGUACAUAAGUAAACUUAAAGUAGCAUUUAAAUGAUCCAAAUCCCAAGUAUAAAUUGGAGUUAAAUCUAAAGAAUACUGUUUAUUGGAAAUAAGAUCAUGGACAAAAUAAAGCCUUUGGAAUUAAAUAUAAGUAAGUAAUUAUUUUUAAACUAAUAUUUUAAAAGAAAGAAUGUAAAAUAUUUUGAAGCUUCUGCCGAACAAUUAACUAAAUUUCGUGAGGCAAUCAGUUGUUUUAUAGGGUUCCAUUCAAUUGAUGAUCAUUAUAAAAUAGAAAAAAUGAUUGGAUCAGGUUCAUUCUCAUAAGUCCAUAAAGUUUUUAGGUUGCAUGAUGAUAAAGCAUUUGCUAUGAAGUAGGUGUCAAAUUAAUAGAAGACUGAUAAAGAAAAUAUGGUAUUUAUCUGUUUUAUUGAAUUCAGUAAUUAUUGGAAAAUGAAAUUGGGAUUCUACAUUCUUUGAACAAUGAGGCCAUUGUCAAAAUAUAUGAAGUUUUUAGAAUAGAAGAAAAUUAAUAUGGUCUUAUUAUUGAAUUUGUUGAUGGAAUUUGCUUAGCUACACUUAUUGAAUAACUCAAAAAAAAUCAAAAUUAAUUAAAAGAGGAAGAUAUAAAGAUUUUGUUAAAGGAAAUUCUUAAAGCUUUAAAUUUCAUACAUUAGGAAUAAGUAAUUCAUAGAGAUAUUAAACCAUAAAAUAUUAUGAUUUCUUAAUCAUCAUUUAAAAAUGUUAAAAUUAUUGAUUUUGGAUUAAGCAUUAAAAAUUCAUAGUAAUAUAAUAGAUGUGGAACUCCUGGUUAUAUGGCUCCUGAGAUUGUUAACAUGAAAAAGGAAGAUUAAAAACCUUGGACAUCUCUUUGUGAUAUUUUUAGUUUAGGAGUUGUUUUUUACAAAAUGUACAAAAAAAUUAGCAUUUAAUUAGAUUAUCCAAAGGUAUUAAUUGUUUUUAAGGUCAAACCUCAGAUCAAAUAGUUGCAAACAAUAAAAAAUGUUAAAUUGACUGGUCUAAUGUUCAAUAAUUUAAUUAUUCCUAAAAUUGCAUCGUAAAUCAAUUGAUUAUAAUUUUAAGUCUUUAUUGAAGGCAAUGUUAGCCAAAGAUCCUGAAGAGAGGAUUUCUGCUGAUUAAGCACUUUAGCAUCCCUUUUUUAUUGAUUUACCCCCAGUAUUAGAAACAGAUUUUGCAGGAAAUGAUAUGACAUAAUAGUCAAAAGGAAUAGUGAAUCAAAUUAUUGACAAACCUAAUCUCGAUUCCAUAGCAGAAAGCUUAAAUGAUCUCUCUGGCAAUUAAAAAUAACAUAUUUAUGUCGGAGAAUUCAAACCAUCAAGGAUUAGCAGUAAAGUGUGAUAUUAUAUUAUUAUGUCUUUUAUUUUUACAUCUUUUUUAUAUAAAAUUAACUAUUUAUAUUAUUAUGUAAUAUACAGAAGAGAACAGUAAAGAAUUUUCAGAUUUUUCUAUCUUGAAAACAAAAAAUAGCGAAACCCAAGUAGUCCAACCUAUUGAUAAUCCGUAAACAAUCAAAUUUGAACUAUAGACCACCUAUCAAGUUUACUUAAUAAGAAGCUGAAGAAAUUAUUCAAAAAUUUCGUGUUUACAAACCUUAAAAUAAGCAGUUUAAAUAUGAAAACCUACUAAAAUUUUAGAAUUGUAAACUCAAAAUCUACAAAGACUCAUAUUAUUUUGGUUAAUUAGUCAAUGGAAAAAAGAACGGGUUUGGAGUAAUUUUGAGUAAUAAUGGAAGAACCUAUGAAGGGUAAUUUGAAAAUGAUAGAAAACAUGGAUCUGGAUUUGAGAGAUUUCCUGAUGGAGCAUCAUAUAAUGGAACAUACAUUAAUGGAAAACCUGAUGGAGUAGGCAAAUUUCUUUGGGCAAAUGGUGAAGUUUAUGAAGGGGGUUGGUAAAAUGGAUUAAAACAUGGUUAAGGGAUAUGGAAUGGAAUUAAAGGGGAUUCUUAUGUAGGAGAAUGGAAAAUGGGUAAUCCUGAAGGCUAUGGAGUUCAUGUUUGGGUAAAUGGAGAUAGAUAUGAAGGAGAAUUCCAUAAUAGUUUAAAACAUGGAGAAGGAAUUGAAUAUUUAAUAAAUGGAGAUAUUUAUAAGGGUUAGUAUGUGAAUGGAAAGCCAGAAGGAGUAGGAGAAUAUUAAUGGAGUUCAGGAAGUUAUUACAAUGGUACUUUUUCAAAUGGGUUAAGACAUGGUAAAGGAUUAUGGAUCAAAGAUAGAAAUGCUACUUUGACUGAUAACUAUGAAGGAGAAUUUGUGAAUGAUAAAAAAUGUGGUUAUGGUGUUUAUAAAUGGGCUAAGGGAAGUAAAUAUGAAGGCAAUUUUUAUGAUGAUCUUAGACAUGGAUAUGGAAGUAUGUAUUGGAAUGAUGGAUCUUAUUAUAUUGGAAUGUGGGAGUAAGGAUAUUAAUGGGGAGAAGGGGAAUAUGUAAAAGUAUUAUUUAAUUUUAAGUGUAAAAAAGGAGAGUAACCAAAAUUUGGAACGUUUGAGAAAAAUCUCUUAGUAAAUGAAGAUUAAGAAAAAUUAUCAUAAUAUCAUAGCAAAUUACCACCUUAAAUUCGCAUUAGAUAAUAUACAAGUAAGAUAAGAUUGAUUAUGAUUUAAUAGCUAGUUAACGUAGUGUAAGAUCAAAUAGUUAAAGACCAAGCAGUUAGAGCUAAUAAAGAAAUGUUAGACCUAGUAGUGUUAAAAGUGUGAAUUAAAUAAAAUAAGGAUCUAUGGGCAAUAAUUAAUUUUUAUGUAAGAAAAGGAGAUAACCAUCAUUAACAAAAUAAACAUUUGAUUUGGAUUUUUGA